GGUCUGCCGAUGGUUUCACCCGUAGAUGCCGGUCAGUCGCCAACCGCUCCGCACGUUCAGUGGACAGUUUAUAUUUUUCUUCGCCUUUACCAAGUAACAUUGUUUAACGUACUUCGCGUGGUCGGUAUCGCGUUUUCUCACAAUUGAUAGCUGUUGAAAUUUGUGCGAGUGUAGUACAUCAUUUUAACAGUGUUAUUAACAAUACCGUGUGCCUAGUGCGAUCGUGCAAAAGUGCUGACCGUCAACCGCCGACUGCGUUAAGUCGAAUCGCGGGUGCCGCCGUUAUGACUGCCGUGUGACACCGAAAACGGACACGCGCGUCUAGAGCCACAUACGCACUCAUUGCGAUCAGUCAUCCGCUCCGCCUGUCACCAAGUCAUGCUGCGGACAACAUGCGUGGCCACGUUGGUGGUCACCGCCGUUGUCGUGUGCGCGGCCACCGAGCUCAACAGCACGGCGUCCAUGGACAACGACGUCGGACGGCUGAUGAACGUCGUCGACCGGGUGCUAGACUCGGCAGACCACUACGAAUUCGGCGCCGGCGUCCGGAUAAAGCGCGUAGACGCCGCCUGGACGAAAAAGGCUUCCGCCGACCGGACAUCGAAUCCGGAACAGUAUUUGAUGGACAGCCUAAUCAAGUUCGCCGGUUCGCACGUUCUGGACGUCAACUUUGCUGAAAUGGUUAAGAGUUCCGGACGGACUAUGAUAAGCUUACCUAGGUUAAACUUUGGAAAAAACUCGUUCCUAACCGGCUUUGGACUGGGAUUUUUGGCGUUCGGACUGAAAAAACUAUUAUUGCCGUUCAUUAUAGGCGCACAAAUCCUCAAGUCGAUAAUGUUGGCUGCACUUUUACCCACGUUAUUGGGAAGUUUCGGCAAAGUAUUGACGAAAGGUGUGACAAAUUUCGCUUCGAGUUCGUCCAACUUUGGCCACGGUGGAGUUGGUGCGUCGGACGGUCUAAACGACUUCGAAUUUAAAGAUUCACAAUACAGCAACGGCCUGGCGACUGGAUACGACGCCGCGGCCGCAGCAGAUACAUCUGGUUCGGAAACAGGAUACCAGGGUAUAUGGACUUAUCCGCCGGACAAUACGGUUCAAUCGAACACCAUCAAUUCGGCGUACGGCAACAAUAGGCAUCCGGUGAAGUACGGCGCGCCAGCGUCGAGCACCAAGUUGCAGUCGGGCAACUACUACACCAAGGACAAGACUGAAGACUUUAAAGUAUUCCACAACAUUCCGGCAAGUUCGCACCUGUUGGCCAACUACGAUCCGUUCUACAGUCCUCUUUUGUCCCGGAUCGACACGGUGUUCAAGCAGCUCUCGUACACGACGGAACCUUGCCGGGAACGACUCGUGUGUCAGAUGUACAAAUUCCCGGCCAAGUUCGCGCCCUACAGCAACCUGGUGUCGGCGCAGUUGAGCAGGGAAUUAAAUGAACUCCGAAAACCAUCUUCGGAGAACCCGGAGAUACUGAGGUUCUUCAAGUACAUGAAAGCGGCCAAAGACGGACAAGACGGGCAAAACUGCGAAAUAGUGUUUUCGAAUUGUGCGUCACAAAGAUCGCCGGAUGAAUCUGUGCCAAUGAUGACCACCUACAAUGAAAUCAACAAGCUAGUCCAAGCCAGACACGCCAAACAGAUGAUGUUAGAACAGUCGACAGCCCGUGUUGAACAUCCCACUGUUUCGAGCACGAGGUGAAAUCUAGGAGUGCGAGAACCGUGAUUAAAGCUCGCAGUUAAAGACAGUACAUAACGUAAGCGAUACCUCGUCAAGCUCAAUCUAGCGUGUAGUUACUAGUUAGAUUAUAGUACAAUAAUAAUAUAUUUAUAUAUAAUGUAUAAUAAUAUGUAUAAGUAUGUUAUAAGCAUAAUAAGUACUAUCACGUGUAUGUUAUGUUAACAUAAUUAUAAUAUUAAUAAUAUUGUUUUUAGGAAUAUUAAAUUGUAUUUUUACAAGCCAUUUUCGGUACCUAUACCGUUGGUAGGCGCUGCGCGCGCUUGAUCGGAUCAAAUUGAACGUUUUUAAUAUUAAGUAUAUUUAAUUAUGUUUACAAUUAUUAUUAUCGUUUGUACAGUCGUCGUGUAUACUUUAGCCGUAGUAGUACUUAGAUGUUGUAGUCGCCUGAAUAAAGCUCGGUUAGGAUAAGCGUUUCUAUAUAAUUUGAGUCUGUUUUGGGAACAUAACAGGAUUUAUGGCGGUUUCUGCUCUGUGGGGAUGUGAUCCUUUGCCAUCCGUAAAUUACAUCAUUUAAUAUAAAAUACACAAUAUAUUUCAAUGUGACAAAAAAAAAAAUGCGAACUCAAAGUAAUUUAUGCUACCUAAACUGUGUUGUAGAUAAAACGAUUAUCCCAACGUUAGUUAACUAUAAUCGAAGCAAAAUAUACCAAGUAAUAUUAACGUAAUGGGGUUUAAAAAAAACGUGUAAUAUUAUUAAUAUUAUUGAGAUCAUAUGUAUACGCAAUUAUUAUGUAUUGCCCCUAUAUUGUAUCCAAUUGAAAAUCUUAUUUGAUGUAAAUCUGCAAAACAUGUUCGGAUGGCAACUUGUUGACCGAAUACUAAUGUGUCCAUAUUAUUUAUAUAUUAUUUAUUCUAUACUUUAACUUAAGGUAGUUCGACAAGUAUUAUGUUCGUACCGUGCUAAGCACGAACAUACAUAAUAUGUGGUUUAAAGCUUUGUAAACACUAUAUCAUCACUGUAUUUAUAUAAAUAUAUAUUUAUUAAUUUAUUCUCUAUUAAUUAUUUGUUAAUGUAAAUAGAUAAUCUAUUAAAAAAAUUGGUUUAAUUUCAAUUUAUUUAUUAUAUGAUAUUUUGUGAUUUGAUAAAUUGUUAUUAAAAAAGUUGUUUUCUCCCUGACGUCUUAAUAAAACUAUUAUUUUAUUUUUAUUAUUUAAAUUAUUAUUUUUUCUUAAACAAAAACAUAUUUUAAAAUUAUUAUUUACUUAUGUAUUGAAUGGUUUAAAAGUGAUUUACAGUAAAUCCUAUUGCUAAUAACAAUAACAAUAUAAAAUACAUUUAAUAUAUUUUAUGAUGGCAUCGUUUAUUUAAUUAUAUACAUAUAUAAAUUGUAACGACAAUAAUUUGUUUACGCCAUUAUGUUUUCUUAUAAAUUAGAUUAUUUUAUUAUAUAAUAUAUCAAUAUUAGUUUUAAACCCGUAAAUAUAGUCUUGUGAUAUUUGAAAACAAUAACCAUACACUGAAUUGUAAAACCAAAAAGAUAAUUUAUGUUAUUUAUUUAACAAAUAAAUUGUCACUUGUUGUA